AUGGCCGACAAGCAGCCCCCCACCGUCGUCGAGGGCGCCACCACCGGCGACGUCGAGGACGAGCUCCCCUCGGCCGCCAAGUCAGCCGAGGACCGCAAGGCCGCCUCCGCCCUCGCCAGCCUCGACGCCGCCAGCAGCAGCGCCAACGACGACGGCUCCUCCGCCAAGAACGUCGACCACGACGCCGUCAGCAAGGCCAUCAAGAGCCUCGGCGGCGGUGCCGGCGCCGGCGCCCUGAAGAAGCCCUCGGCCGCCUCGUCCUCGGCCGCCGGCGGCGCCGCCCCCGCCAAGGCCGUCAAGGUCGACGCCGCCGACGUCGCCCUCAUCGUCGACCAGCUCGAGCUGUCCAAGCCCAAGGCCACCGAGCUGCUCAAGGCCCACGAGGGGGACGCCGUCAAGGCCAUGGCUGCGUUUGUCGCGUCGUAA